AUGGCAGAUAUUCAACCUCAAUCACCUGAUAGUGGUGAUGAUUCUGGUUCCGAUACAGGAUCCCCGACACCCAUCGAGCCCACCCCAACUUGUUCGCGCUGCGUGAUCCGACUGGUCCUCGAUCCUACCGAGCGCUGUGUGCUUCAUCAACCAACCCAGCAUGCUCUCACCAUGGGAGCCGAUACGAAGUGCACAUACUGCCAAGCCCAACGGGCAAGAUGUUACAAGUGCCCUUCAGCGCUAAAGCCGGAGAUUUUGGAGCUCCAACAACGAGCCCAGGACUACAAUACCUGGGUAAAUGGGCAAAGUCUACUUCCGCCUGCUCAGCGUAGCACUUGGGUCUUGCCAACGACCGUCCCGGCUGUAAGUCCCAGCAACGCACCUGAUGUUUACAAGGAGCUACUUAGGGCUCAUAAAGUAGUCGCAAUUGGGAUUAACAGAGCCCAGAGGGGUAUCUCUGGGUGGAAAACUAUGAGGAACGUUACGAGGAACUCCAUCAUGAGACUGGAUCCUGUGAUGGAUGGAUAUGGGCAUCGUAUGGAUGCGGCGGGGGAGGCCAGCAAAGACGAAUCUCUACCUGUACGUGGUGCUGGCUACGAACCUGAGUAUGAGCUACUUGUACUUAUCAACUUUGUUCUCGGACUACUGUUGCUUGCAUGUAUAAGUGGUCAUUAUUUAGAGCCAAAGAGAUAG